AUGAUGAUCGACUAUAGCAGACUGUGCCCUUCGCCCACGCCUCUAAAAGGGUUCUCGGGGGAGGUGGUACAACCCAUGGGUGCCAUAAUGCUUCGUAUUUCUGCUGGCAUGGAACCAUGCACCGCCACCACAAUGACCGACUUUCUAGUGGUGAUGGGUCCCUCAUCCUACAACGUUAUUCUUGGAUGCUUGACCUUUAAGAGUCUGAAAAUUGUGACUUCAACUUAUCACCUGAAGAUGAAAUUCCGGUUGGAAGUAGGAGUGGGCAAAGUUCAGGGCAAGCAAGUACUAGCACAAGAGCUCAAAAACAAAGGAAGGAACAUCCAAAUCGUGGAAAGCUUAGGUUCUAACAAAGCACCGCAACCACCACUGGAGCUAAUCGACCACGAAAUGGAAAUGAGAGAUGAGUAG